UCAGCUUCAUCUCAGAUUCUCCAUUCAUGUUCUCGGCUUCAUCUUAGGUUCUCCGUUCUGUGACUUCACUGUCUGAAAUUGUUGAGUGAAAUGGAAUCUGCCUCUGUGCCAUCUAAUGAACGUGCUUCUACAAUUGGGUCUAAUGCUAAUUCUUCAUCUGUGAGGGCAAAAUGUGAUCCUGCAUGGGAUCAUGUAACUGAAGAGUUGAAAGACGGAAGAAGUAGUUAUAGAUGUAUACAUUGUGGGAAAACUUAUAAAGGAGGGGGCAUUAAUCGGAUGAAAAGACAUCUAGCUGGAAUUAAAGGUGAUGUGGCUGCAUGUAUGGGUGUGCCUUAUGAUGUUAGGUUCCAAAUGGUUGAGAAUUUGAAGGAAAUUUCAAAAUCUAAAGAACAAACAAAAAAGGAUCAAGAAGCAUCUAAUUAUUCGCCAUUAGAGGAUUCACCAGAAUUUGAAGAUGUCCAAGAAAUUACUCCUAGAGGUAGGGGGUUAGGUAGAGGAAAUAGAAGUAGUCCUAGUAAUUUUCCACAAAGAUCCAAUCUUGGCAAGAGAAAGGUUGGUGACAUUGGUAAUUACUUCGCUCCUAGGACAACACCGGGAGCUCAACCUUCUAUUAAAAGUGUGCUUGCUGGCAAAGAAAAGAAGCGGAGGGUUGAUAUGGCUGUAGCUAGAUGGAUGUAUGAUGCUUGCAUUCCAAUUAAUGCUGUGAAUUCUAGUUAUUAUCAGCCUAUGUUCAAUGCUGUAGCUUCUUAUGGUCCUGGAUAUAGAGGCCCAAAUUAUCAUGCCCUUCGAGUGCCUUUGUUGAGAGAAGCAAAAAGAGAAGUUCAAUUGAUUGUUGAUUCUCAUCGUUCAUAUUGGGCUGAUACUGGUUGUACAAUAAUGGCUGAUGGGUGGACUGAUACUAGGCAUAGAACAUUGAUUAAUUUUCUUGUCUAUUGUCCUAAAGGUAUUAUUUUUAUAUGUUCUAUUGAUGCUUCUGACUUGGUUAAGGAUGCUAUUAAUUUAAGCAACUUGUUUGAUGAAAUUGUUAAUUGGCUGCUGGAAGAAUUUUGUGUGGAAAAUAUAGGAAUAUUAGUUGGUCACCUUGUGUAG